UAUCACUCUCAGCCAAGUCCAGUCAUGCGUUCCCGUCCAACACCCCCAAACUCCAUCGUGAACCAUCCAACCAUCCAACGCGCCUCGCACACACGCACACUACUCACCACACACAUUCGCACACUGUCGCCUUGCAACCCACCCCCGCUCCGUGUUAUCAAGGAAUCGACAUCCUCUUCGUUUCGUCGCUCCUUUCUUUCUUUCUCCUCCCAUCUUCCUCGUCGCCAGGGAAGAUAUCGCUGCUCAGAGACCUCCGUUACGGUUGUCUCUCUUAUCGCCUCCGCCUCACUCCACAACCAACGCACUUGAGCUCCACCGCCUGCGACGUCGCACAUUUGGACUCACUCGACCUCUGCGCAACCUUGCCGAACCAGCCGAAGCCUACCUGACGGUUAUCUCGCUGUCGCAUUCUGCUUUGAAGACGACGUCGUGUGUUCACACGACCUCCAUCGCAGAUUUAUCAUGGCUCCAACCACGGUUUCAGCCCUAGGCAUGGCCCUCAACGGCAAAUCCGCAUCCGUCGACAUUCCAAAGCCUCGUGAGGCCGUCCAUGGCCGGGACAACUUCACUGCUGUAACGGCCGGCUCCUCCAAGAAGCAUUCGGGCAUGUUGCCUACUCCUCCUAAUUCCAUUUCUCCCAACCUUCUACCUCGCGGCCGUCGAGCAAGUAAAGCGGCUGGGCCCCCGUCGCCGAAAAGCGCGCCGCAGGUGGAUUCAGAUAUCGAUUUGCAAGAUGCGUCCGAUAAGCCACAACAUACAGCCCUGAGCGCCGAGGCACUGGACAGCUUGGGUGAUCUGGACAGCGCUGGGGCUAUUACCCCGAGCAUGUUGGCCAAGCAUCACCUCCCUGAUAUCUUGUUAUCCCACGGGCCUUUGGCUAUCCGGCACAUUAUGGGCUACCUGACGACCUCUGUCCCUGGCUUUUCUAGGAUCACUUCGGCAAAAGCCCGUCGCUUGGUCGUCGCCGCCCUCGAGGGCAAAGGCUCUGGUCUGGAAAACAGCGGCCGCGACAGCGAUGUCAUGUUUGAAAAGGUGGGAUGGGGGAGGUGGGAUGCGCGCAUCAAGGGUCAACCACAAAGGGAGCGUCAAACCUCCGUGAUAACACCUCCUGGCAGUUUGCCGUCGUCUUACUCCCAACCUGGGCUUCAACUUCCCGGCCAACGGACCUGGCGCACCGGGUCCGAAAACCUAGGGACCAGCUACACCGGCAACUCCGCUGUCUUCUCCCAUGAGGAAAUGGAUUACGAAGAUCAGGAUAUGCUGGAGCAUGAAGCCGACAAAAUGUCCUUAGACGAUGACGAUGACAAUGGCUACGUGUCAUCUGUCGCGCCGGAACCCCUUGACGAGGAUCUUGGAGACGGCGAAAUCACGGACGAGGAAGACUGGGCGAGCAUAGGUGCCGAAGCACUGCGUGCACGUUCACUCCCAAACACUGCCCACGUCGGUUCUGGCCCUGGUCGCCUGUAUCAGCCCAUCGCAACGUACUCGUACCAGCCAAGAUAUCGAUCCAAAACCCCAGCAGAUGUCGCUCACACAGCGCCGAGUAAACCGAGACAGCCCGAGUUCACCAACCCAUUUUCGCUGCCGGCUGGGGCGGCCAUGAAUGACUCUCAGGAACGAGCUGCUGUCGAAGCCCUGUUGAGCCUGGGCUCUAUGUCUUGAUGCAUGUGCUUCGAAAGCACGAAAUCUCGGCCUAGGGGAUGUUUAAUGGGCCCGGGGUUGAAGUUUCUGGGCGCUGCGGGUACGGCUUUUUUUUAUAUAUAUUUGAUAUUCUACACGAACGCACCUCUCACCGCAAGCUUAGUGACUGGGUAACGCAACCCAGCCGCUAUGCGACCUCUCAACUUUUAUUAUAACGCUUUACUCUUACGAAUGAGUCGACGACCUUGAGCCAGGUGGACUAACUGGCUCGGUAUGGCGGCGUACCGUUUACCACGUUUUGUUUAUUUGGACAUCAACGGUGUUGGUCCCUUUACUACGUCCGAGAGCGAUGUCACAACACGGCAUGCCGCCUUGUUUGCAUCGGAUGUUUCCACGCAGGGAGUGAUGCCUUCUCUAUGUCUUUCCCUUCAGCAUAUUUCGUUUGUAAUGCAUGUUUUGGUACCACGUGCGCCGCGAAGGUGCGCAACAGGACAUUGUCGGAAAUUGGUCAAGAACGACAUUUUCCAGGAAACACACCACAGAUGGACCGUCAGCAAACAACUCGUCCAGCAGAACCUCGGCAUGACCGGUCAUCUUCAUUGAUCGUACUGGCAUCUUAUGAUCUGCAGCUCUGUCAUAUUUAGUUAUCGCACGGAGCGGAAAGUUGCUGGCUAGGACUUUUGUUUCCUGCAUUAUGUGGUUUUCUCGGCCCCUCAAACUUGAAAGCGGCUCUCGGCAGACACUGCCGUUAGCUGCCACUAUUGAUAUUGAUGUUUUCCUUUGUUUUAUGAAUUGGCCAACGAGGGUUGGGCCAUUGAUGGCUGGGAAACGCCAUGGAGGGCGUGGUCUGGCUCUGGUCCACUGGAUAUGAGCCUCAGGAGGCUUGCUAAGAGAUGCAUAGGUGGUCCAGUGAGACACACAGAGCACACUCUUUGGAGAAGGAUGAGGGUUUUGACGGGAAGUCCAGAAUCGGAAUCCUGAAAGCAAAGAAAUUGAAAAGAGAAAAAGAAAACAGACAAAUGCCUCGGACGGACAAGGAGGUGGCCUGAGAUGGCACCGAGGACAGGUAUCUCGGGACGAGGCGCGUCUUGCUUUGACUUUCUUCUUCUUUUCACUUUCACUUUGUGGAUAUACCUCGUGAGGUUACAUGUUACCUACUAGGUAAUAUAUAGCCUUGCUUUUACUGGUAGUGCGCUUGAUUGAUGCUUAACACUGUUGAGUCUCUCAGCUCGCUUCUGGGUAAGAAUCUGGGUUAUUAAACAAACGAGUCUCUUUUCUCUCUUC